UUAUUAUUUGUGGCUGAAAGUUGGACUCGUUUUGUUGUCUUGGAAUGUCUAUGAAUCUUCGACUUUGCCUCCCUCCGUCGGUUUUAAGCGCAUCAAGUGGCAUGCAGAGAAAAGCAGUUCAGAGAUUCAGCAUCCAUGGAAGGAAGACACUCGACAGCUUAUGUUUGUACUUUCUAUGUUGCUGUUGCUUGUGCCUUUGGCCUUGCUUCUUUAUCCAAAGCUCAGAAUCAAACCCAACCCAUUACAGAUCCCUCUGAAGCUAGAACUUUGAAUUCCUUAUUUGCAAAAUGGAAUAUAGAGGCAAAGACAGGCCAAUGGAAUAUAAGUGGGGAGCCAUGCAGUGGUGCUGCCACAGACCUCACUCCCUUCGAUGACCGUGAUCACAACCCCUUCAUCAAAUGUGACUGUUCUUACAACGAUAGCACCCUUUGCCACAUUACGCAAUUGAAAGUUUAUGAGCUGAAUGUUGCUGGUCCAGUUCCUGAUGAGCUAUGGACUUUGACUUACCUCUUUAACCUAGAUUUGCGCAGAAAUUAUCUGACAGGUUCUCUGUCUCCGUCCAUAGGAAAUUUAACUCGUUUGCAGUAUUUGACAAUUGGCAUCAAUGCGUUAUCAGGGGAAGUACCAAAGGAAGUCGGGAAACUUACUGAACUACUAUCCUUUUCUAUUGCCGGAAACAACUUCUCUGGUCCUCUGCCAUCCGAGAUAGGAAAUUUAGUGAACUUACAACAGCUUUACGUCCAUAGUUCUGGAGUUAGCGGUGAGAUUCCUCCAACGUAUGUCAAACUAAAAAACUUGAUCACCAUGUAUGCAUCGAGUACUGGACUUUCAGGAAGAAUACCUGAUUACAUAGGAAAUUUGUCAAAGCUUAAUACCUUGAGAUUUGAAGGAAACAAUCUUGAAGGUCCUAUACCAUCAACCUUGUCCAACCUGAAUUCUCUCAUAGAGUUACGUAUAAGUGAUUUAUCAAAUAGGAGCUCUUCUCUCGAAUUUGUUAAGAAAUUGAAGAAUCUAAAUAUCUUAGUACUGAGGAAUAACAAUAUUUCUGGUUCUAUUCCAUCAGAUAUUGGACAAUUCCCAAAGUUGACGCAAGUGGAUUUAAGCUUCAAUAGUUUGAGUGGGCAGAUUCCAGACUCUCUUUUUAACAUGAGUUCGCUCUCUUUUCUGUUACUUGGAAGCAAUAAGUUUACUGGUACAUUGCCUGAACAAAAAAGAUCAACUCUCCUUAAUAUAGAUGUGUCAUACAAUUAUUUAAAUGGGAGCUUACCUUCUUGGGUCAAAGAAUCGAAUUUACAGCUUAAUUUAGUGGGCAACAACUUCAUAAUAGAUAGUUCAGACAGCAGUUCUUUGCCUUCAGGGUUGGAGUGCCUUCAACGAAAUUUCGCUUGCAACCAAGGACGUGGGAUCUAUUAUGAUUUGGCAAUUAAGUGCGGUGGUCCUCAGUUUACAUCUGCCAAUGGUAUUGUGUAUGAGAUGGACAAUGCCUCCCUUGGUCCAGCUACAUAUUUUGUCAGCAGCACAAAGAGAUGGGCAGUUAGCAAUGUUGGUUUAUUCACCGGGAACAACAAUCCUCAAUAUAAAAGUUCUUCAACAUAUCAAUUCACAAACACUUUGGACUCUGAACUAUAUCAGACAGCAAGGGUCUCUGCUUCAUCAUUAAGAUACUAUGGCUUGGGGCUUGAAAAUGGAAACUAUACUGUGAACCUCAUGUUUUCAGAAACAGCUUUCGAAGAUUCUCAAACUUGGAAAAGUCUUGCUAAGCGUGAAUUUGAUGUUUAUAUCCAGGGGAAACGUGUUUUAGAGAAUUUCAACAUACGAAAGGAAGCAGACGGGGUUGCUUCCCAAGCUGUCCAACGGGAUUUUAAGGCCUUUGUAUCAGAAAACUACCUUGAAAUCCAUCUUUUUUGGGCUGGAAAAGGGACUUGCUGUAUCCCAGCACAAGGCACUUAUGGACCUUCUAUUUCCGCUAUCAAUGCUAACCCAGAUUUCGAACCUUCUGUCAGUAACAAACCUCCAAGCAAUAAGAAGAACAGAACCGGUCUGAUAGUGGGGAUUGUUGUUCCCAUUGGAGUUUUAAGCUUUCUGUCUCUUUUGGUGGUUUUCUGUAUUGUCACUACAAGAAGAAAGAAGUCUCAUACAGACAAUGAUGAAGAGCUCUUAGGGAUGGAUGUUAAACCAUUCACUUUCAGUUACGAAGAGCUAAGGACAGCUACAAAUGACUUCAACUCUGUUAAUAAGUUGGGAGAAGGUGGAUUUGGACCUGUCUACAAGGGAACACUUGAUGAUGGAAGAGUUAUUGCUGCAAAGCAACUUUCUGUGACAUCCCACCAAGGAAAAAACCAGUUUGUGACUGAAAUUGCAACAAUAUCUUCCGUACAACACCGAAAUUUGGUGAAGUUGUAUGGAUGCUGCAUUGAGAGAAACAAACGGCUCCUAGUGUACGAGUAUAUGGAAAACAAGAGUCUAGAUCAAGCAUUAUUUGGAAAUAAAAGAUUGAGUCUCAAUUGGUCAACGCGUUAUGAAAUUUGCUCAGGGAUAGCAAGAGGUCUAACUUAUCUUCACGAGGAUUCACGGCUUCGAAUAAUACACAGAGAUGUUAAGGCCAGCAACAUUUUGCUUGACUCUAAUCUCAACCCCAAGAUAUCAGAUUUUGGUUUGGCGAGGCUUUACAAUGAUAGAAAGACUCACAUAAGCACCCGUGUUGCUGGAACAAUUGGGUAUCUCGCUCCAGAGUAUGCCAUGCGAGGGCACCUUACAGAGAAAACUGAUGUGUUUGCCUUUGGAGUUGUGGCUCUAGAGAUUGUUAGUGGUAGGCUGAAUUCUGAUUCAAGCUUGGAAGAAGAAAAGAUGUAUCUUCUUGAAUGGGCUUGGAACCUGUAUGAAGAAAAUCGAGAAGACGGAUUGGUGGAUUCAUCGUUAUCGACAUUCAACAAAGAAGAAGUAAGAAGACUAGUAGGAGUGGCUCUUUGGUGCACUCAAACAUCACCAUCCUUAAGGCCAUCAAUGUCUCGAGUGGUGGCAAUCCUUUCAGGAGAUGCAGAAGUCAGCACAGAAAUUACAAGACCUGGAUACUUGACUGACUGGAAGUUUGACGAUGUGAGCAUCCUAAUGAGUGACACUACAACCAAAGGAAGUAGUACUAGCUACCACAAUUCAUCUGCAAGUACAAGCAUGGUGGGAGAUACAGUGCAAUCACCUGUACAUGGAAGUGCAUUGCCUACUCUUAGCAGCUCCAUUAAGGAAGGUAGGUAAAAAAUUUGUUAGUAUGGUUGGUUUUCGUACAUACGAGUGAAUUUACACACUUUUUGAUUCAGGAACGCUAUACUAGUAAAAGGAUUUAAUUUCUUCCUGUACAGUACAACAGUAAAUACUUGUACCACUUCUCUUUAAAUCUUUAUUCGAAAACUAGUUCCAAUUUGAGGACUGUUGCACCUGUCUAGUGAAGUGCACUGCCUAUUCUAAGCAUCUCCAUCAAAGAGGAUGUAUGAAAAAUAGUUAGUAUGGAAGGUUUUUGUAUAUACCAGCUCAUAGGGGUGAUUGUGAAUCUACACUCUUUGAUUCAUGAAAUCUAAUUUUAGUUUGUUUUCUUC